AACUCAGCGCAGACACAAACAUGGCGUCUACCUCCGCCGACAACUUCAGAUGAAAGUGGCGAAGAAGUGACCUGCAAAGUUUCGGAGGAGUAUUCAGAGCUGGAUUUUCGGGUUUUUUUUUCUUUUAAACUUUGGUUUUUUUUUUCGCAGCCAUUCACAGCACGGAGUAAAUUAAACGGUGAAACAGCAAGUUGCCUACAUGUCAACAUUGUCUCUCGCUGCAGUGUAAACAGCUGGUACGUCCAGCCAUGAUUGAAGACAAAGGUCACCGUGUGACCGACUACUUUGUGGUGGCCGGGCUGACCGACAAGUCCAAGCCCCUUGAACAGGACCUGUCCGAGGCCAAGUCCAGUGGGCCCAAAGCACCCAUCACCGACUUGGCCGUCAUCAACAAGUCGGCAGGGGAAACUGUGCCAGAGGGCUUCACUUGCAUCGACAGCACCAGCAGCGGCCAGCCGGCAAAUCUGAAUCAUGGCAGUAUCAAGAGUCCUGAGCUCUUUCUGUGUUAUAAGAGGGGUCGAGGGAAGCCGCCGCUCAUCGACGUCGGGGUGCUGUACGAAGGAAAGGAGCGUCUGAUCCAGGGCUGCGAGAUCAUCCAGGCCACGCCGUACGGCCGCUGUGCCAACGUCAACAACAGCUCCGCCUCGUCCCAGCGCAUCUUCAUCACCUUCCGCCGAGCCCCGCCGGUCCAGCCGCAGAAUUCCCUGGCCGUCACCGACAUCUGCGUGAUCCUCACCAGCAAGGGGGAGUUGCCGCCGCACACCUUCUGCAAAGUGGAGAAGAACCUCAACGGCGGCAUGUGGGGCUCCAGCGUGUUCCUGUGUUAUAAGAAGUCUGUCUCUUCGUCCAAUUCCCUCAGCUACAAAGCUGGUCUGAUCUUUCGUUACCCAGAAGAGGAUUACGAGUCUUUCCCUCUGUCCGAGUCUGUACCCUUGUUCUGUUUGCCCAUGGGUGCCAAGAUCGAGUGCUGGGCUCCAGACACUCGUGAUCCUCUGCCAGUCUUCUCCACAUUUGUCUUAACCAUCUCUUCAGGUGAAAAGGUGUAUGGGUCGGCCAUCCAGUUCUACGAGCCGUAUCCUGUGGACGGGCUGAGCGAGAAGCAGAAGAUCCAUCUGGGUCUGCUCACCACAGUGGAGAAGAAGAUGAUCCCCAACCGUCCUGUGAAUACCAACAAAUGCAUCUGCCUGCUCUCCCGGUGGCCUUUCUUUGAGGCCUUCAAGAAGUUCCUGAUGUUCCUCUAUAAACUCUCCGUCUCCGGACCGCACCCUCUGCCCAUUGAGAAGCACAUCUCGCACUUCAUGCACAAUGUGUCUUUCCCUUCCCCUCAGAGACCCAGAAUCCUGGUUCAGCUCUCGGCACAUGACACUUUGAUCCUCUCGCAGCCUGUGUGUACACCUCUACCCCUCAGCGGGGCCGACUACGGCACCCUGCUGGUGAACCUGGGCUCCGAGAACUGCGCCACGCUGCUGCACUUUGUCCUGCAGGAGAGCAAGAUCCUGCUGCACUCGCUCCGGCCCGCCGUGCUCACCGGAGUGGCCGAGGCCGUGGUGGCCAUGAUCUUCCCCUUCCAGUGGCAGUGUCCGUACAUCCCCCUCUGUCCGCUGUCUCUGGCAGGCGUCCUCAACGCUCCCUGUCCUUUCAUCGUGGGGGUGGACUCCCGCUACUUUGACCUUUAUGACCCCCCUCCGGAUGUUGUCUGUGUGGAUCUGGACACAAACACUAUUUACUUGUCUGAUGAGAAGAGAAACAGCAACUGGAAGAGCCUCCCAAAGAAACCCUGCAAGAGUCUCAUCAAUACGCUGAGCAACUUGCACCACCAGCUGGCCACAGUUGCGGUGCGUCCGAUCCCGCAGGACAGCUCCGCCGUGGACAUGACCCCCAUCGAGGCCGACUUCACCUGGCACAAGAAGAGGACGGCCCUGGAGAUGGAGAUCCAGGAGGCCUUCCUCCGCUUCAUGGCCUCCAUCCUGAAGGGCUACCGCUCCUACCUCAAACCCAUCACGCAGGCGCCCUCGGAGAAGGCCACGGCCGCAGACUCGCUCUACGACCUGCAAGGAUUUCUCAAAAGCCGAGACCGCGCCCAUCAGAAGUUCUACUCCAUCCUCACCAAGACCCAGAUAUUCAUCCGUUUCAUCGAGGAGUGCACGUUCGUCAGCGACAAGGACACGGGCCUGGCGUUUUUUGACGACUGCGUGGAGAAGCUUUUUCCCUCUGAUAAAAUCACCGACAAGGGCACCAAGGUGGAAGGAGAGUCAUAUGAGGAUACAAGACUACUGGAGCUGGACGAGUCUCAAAAAAGCGAGCACACUGUCUUCGUCAUGCCUCCCGAGCCGCCGGCCGACGACGGGUCUGAACCGCCCCCUCGAUACACGUAUAAGGGUUUCCCCCGGCUGCAGGUGAAUCUGUUCGACCGCCCCCGGGUGUUGCGUCCGGCGCUCAGCAGCAGGGCGGCGGGGGCCAGUCUCUCCAGCAGCCCGGCGCUGCUCGCCAAAAGGACAAAGCAGGAGAUCAAGCUGGCGUACAAGAUGGCGAAGCGGUUCUACCCCCACCCGCAGCUGUGGGCCCGCUGCCUGUUCAGCCACUGCUACAGCCUGUGGUUCAUCUGCCUGCCGGCGGCGCUCAGGCUGGCCAAGUCCAAGAGCCGGGCCAUGCAGCAGGCGUACAACGUCCUGCUGAAGAUGAGGACCACGGAGGUGGAGAUGCUGGAUGAGGUGUGUUACAGAGUGGUGAUGCAGCUCUGUGGCGUUUGGGGUCUUCCCGUCAUGGCUGUGAGAGUCCUGGUGGAGAUGAAGAAAGCCGGAGUGCAUCCCAACGCCAUCACAUACGGAUACUACAACAAGGCUGUCCUGGAGAGCCCGUGGCCCAGCCGCAACCGCAGUGGCCUCUUCAUGUGGACCAAGUUGCGCAACGUGCUCCGCGGAGUGGCGCAGUUCAAGCGCAGUCUGAAUCGCACAGCCUCUCCUUCCGAGGCGGGAUCCAAGCUGACCGCCACAGCUGCAUCGGUAAGCGGGUCCGCGGUCGCAGAUGCAGACCGGCUGAGUCACGGGAGCGCUGACAGCUCCAGCGAGGCCAACGGCGAGGAACACAAUCUGUUCGCCCCGAGCCACGCCAUGGAGGACACCACAGACAACCACGGCAGUACAGGACAGUCCGAUCAAGGCUACGGCUCAAAGGAUGAGUUACACCAGGACCUGGCGGACCCCUUAGACACAGCCGUCCCUUCUGCUGAGGAGAGAAACAAUGCCAAAGACCAGCUUAAUGGAGGAGACAUUUCUGGCUCCGUGGACAGUGCAGUAGCGGUAGUAGAGCCCAAAAGUCCAGUUGAGGCGCUCGGUCAUGUUCCCAGUAUUGUCAAGUUGUCUUCAGGGAGCUUUGAUGGUGGGAGCGAAAAAGGUCCUGGGAAGCUGUUCAGGAGCGUCAGUACAAAUGACAGCGUGUCUCUGUCCGAUGAGAGCGCCCCCCAGCUGCCUGGAGGUGCAGUCGGCCGGAGUCAGCAGCAGCAGCAGCGGCAGAAGGCCUUCUCUGAGCGCAGCUGCAGCUUCAGCGCCGAGACCCGGGCCGGGAUGCUCUCGGAGAAAGUGGACCACAUGGCCAGCCAGAUGGGAGCCGACGCUCGCAUCCUGGAGGCGGCGCUCUCCGGGGGCAAAAGCCCGCCCCCCAACAGUGCGUCCAAAGCGCUUUUUACAGACUUGGAGGAAGAGCCCGAAGACGAUCAGGGGCUGGUGCUGGGGAAGCUUCCGGACGAGGACAGUCCGAGAGCAGCGGAAGAAGAGAAGGAGGAGAAGACGGAUCUGCUGAAGAGAGAGAGGAAGCUCACAGAAACGGCCGAGGACGAGUCUGGAGCGCGAGGGGCGGCCUUGGAGAGGGAGGACGUGGAGGUGGGCGCUGACCCGCUCUCCCUCCUGGUGUCGGAGAAGGAAGAGUCGGCGUCCGUGACCAGCCAGGAGCCGGCGCGCCCCGUCCCCGCCGUCGUCUCCCGCAACCUGGCCGAAGAGAUCGAGAUGUACAUGAGCCUGAGGAGCCCUCUGGGGACCAAGUCCUCCAGCAUGGAGCUCCAGCAGGCGCAGCCGGACGUCGCCGACUCCCCCCAGACUAAACAAACUCUGGAGCGGCGGUCCAGCCUGCCGGUCCCUCCGGUCAAACCUCCAGCCGACCCGACAGACGACACGCCGAAGCGCAGCCCCCACGCCGUGACCCGCUCCAAGACAUUCGCGGUCAAGACGAAGACGCCGGGGAGCGCCGCGGCCAGCCCGGGCCCCAGGUCGUCUUCGCUGACCGCGCUGGUCAAGUCCUCUCAGGGAGGCUCGCUGGGCUCGGUCAUCAACUCCAUCUCAGGCAUCAAGAUGGACAACCUGUUGUCGGGUCCUAAAAUCGAUGUGCUCAAAUCGGGGAUGAAGCAGGCGGCGAAUGUGGCGAGCAAGAUGUGGGGAGCCGUGGCGUCGGCGUACUACUCAGAUGACGAGGACGAACCGGCUCCAGGCGGCGGAGGCUUCCCGUCGCGUCUGGAUGAAAACAUGCUGUCGGAACACGAUUUGGACGAGAGUCCCGAGCGCCGUGCCGUCCCGGGGCUGCUGGCUAACGGUCUGAACCAGAGCUGCACCAGCCUGGGCAGCAGCAGCGGCAGCAGCGACACAGGCCGAGGGACCCACCAGACUCACAUGACUCCGGGGCGCGCAGGCCGAGGUCCUGACUCAGAACAAAGCUCCCUGCAUCACGCUUCCUCCUCCAGCAUCUACCAGAAUUUUGCACUUGAGGUGCUGAUGUCCAGCUGCUCCCAGUGCCGCUCCUGUGAAGCUCUGGUGUACGACGAGGAAAUCAUGGCCGGGUGGACGGCCGACGACUCCAACCUCAAUACCAACUGUCCCUUCUGCCAAACCGCGUUUCUCCCCCUGCUGCACGUCGAGUUCCACGACCUGCGCACGACCAGCGGGUUUUACAUAAAUCCCAGCGCGUCAGCCGACAGUAUCCACAGCACCAGUGUUCAGCCCACGGCGAGCAGCUCGGCCGACAUCAAGACGCCGGACCUUCUCACUUUCCCCGAGGGGGAGACCCAGGAGGCUUCGGAUAACCGUCCCGGAGCUCACAAGAGUCUCAUUCCAGAGCCGGUGCAGUCUGACCCGCUGGGCCUCCUGGAGCGCCAGGCCGCGGGGAAGCAGCAGCGGUGCAGCGGCACGUCGCUGACGCGCAGCAACAGCGUCGGGGGGCCGCUGCAGGGCCUGGACUACCCCCAGAGGCCGGGGCACGGCGUCUCCACCACCAGCCUGCCCUGCAGCCUCCAGGAGGUGUCGGAUGGCAUGGGAACAAAACGGCCCAACCCCAAACCCGUGUCCGUACCGUACCUCAGCCCCCUGGUCCUCCGCAAGGAGCUGGAGACGUUACUGGAGAACGAGGGAGAUCAGGUGAUUUACACCCACAAGUUCCUCAGCCAGCACCCGAUCAUCUUCUGGAACCUGGUGUGGUAUUUCCGCCGCCUGGACCUGCCCAAUAACCUGCCUGGACUCAUCCUCACUUCUGAACACUGUAACAACGGAGUGCAGCUGCCGGUGACGUCGCUGUCGCAGGACAGUAAGCAGGUGUACGUGCAGCUUCUGUGGGAUAACAGCAACCUGCACCAGGAGCCGGGAGAACCCCUGUACCUGCUCUGGAGGAAAUUCCUGGAGAAGAAAGGCACGUUGGCUCCGACGGACCACCAAGAGAUCCGCACCCUCCUCAACACGAUCGUCCGCAACAUCCAGACCAACGACGUCUACGGGCCGAUCAACCUGCUGAACCGAGAGAUCAAGCGGCGUCCCGGAGAGGUCAAACGGCAGAGGAGUAUCUACAGAGAGAUUCUUUUUCUUUCACUGGUGGCUUUAGGACGGGAGAACAUUGACAUUGAGGCCUUCGACAGGGAGUACCGCACAGCGUAUGACCAGCUGAGCCCGGAGCAGCUCAAGUCUUUGCACUGCAUCGAUCGUCCGCCCACCCCCAGCAUCCAGGCCUGCCUUAAAUGUUUCGGAAGCCCUUUCAUCUGAAGACCGCCGCUUCCCGCAGCAGAAAAAAAAAAAUAAAUAAAAAAUCUGACUGCACAUGUGCAAACGGCCGCAGGGAGAGAUGUGUUGAAUUUUGAACCUGCUCCAAUCACCCAGCCAUGGUACUUCUUUCUCCCCCCCCCCCCCCCCCCAGUUUUAAAAAGAUUUCCCGUCUGUUUGUGUAUUUACUGCCUUAAUGUGCUUUGCGGGGUGUCUCCUAACAGGUGGGACUGUUUUGUAAACUGCUUGAAAAUGAAUUUCGGGACUAGUUGAGCUGUAUUUCUUUACAGAUGGUGUAUAGAAUGAUUGAUCGGUGUACAGAAUAUUUGGACUGCACAGAUUGUGCGGACAUGUCUGUGUAUAAUCAGAGAGUCUGCUCCUGCUAGUCUGGUAGCUUUUCACCCUCUGUGUGUUUGAAUCUGUCCGAGCAAUCCUCAGAUUAGACGGGUCGUUCGCAGCGGCGCCCAGACCCUCACUGUUCCUUUGUGCACUUUCUAGAACAAGAAAAACAGUAACUCGUGUCCGCCUGUUUUGUUUUUGUACAUAUUUUGUUCAGUUAUGGAAAUUUUGUCACCGAGGUUUCACACCAUGAAGAAUAUGGACUGUGUGAUUUAAGUCUUAAAGAAAGUUAAAGUCACAUGUGAACAGGAGAGGAGUGAGGCCACAGACAAUCGCUAAUCCUGUAUCUUAAAAUCUUAACAUUCCAGACGUUCUGCAGUCAAACCAGGUCUUACUGAAGUAUUAAUCUCUCCAACCAAACCGGGAACGCCGUCAUUUAGAGGCAGAGAUCCUUAAAAUAAAAUAAAAAAAUAAUUUUGAAGUUAAAAAAAAAAAAAAAAAGUGUGCCACACUACUGAUUCACUUAAAAAUAUGCGUGUUCUCGUGCAGGGAGAGACGAA